ACAUUGUUUUCCUCAGCCUCAAAAUCUCCCUUUGUUCAUACAAAAAAAUCUCGUUUGGUCUCAACACCCACUUCUUUGUUUCAGCCCCCUCCCACCUCCCACAACCACCAACAGUCCCCCAUUCAAUUUUUCUAUUUUUUUAACUAAUAAUGGGAGGCUGUGCGAGCAAACCUAAGGAGUCUGACCUCGUCGGCAACCAGCCGGCCCCCGCUGAGGCUCCUGCCCCUGCAGAACAGCCUGCAGGCGAGCCUGUUGCUCAGGAGAAAAAUGGAGGUGAGAGCUCGAAAGAAGAGCCUCCUUUGGUGGACCUCAUCGAGACAAAGGAGGAGGUUGUAGUGGAAUCGAAGGCUGUUGUCGAUGCCCAAGUACCAGUGCCUGCUGCAGCAGCAGCUGCUGUUGAUGAAACUGCCAAGCCAGCCCAGGACAAAGUCGAAGAAAAAGUUGAGACACCAAAGGAGAAGGUUGAGGCUGUUGUUAAAGAGGAGACCAAAGAACCAGCCAAGGAGCAAGUUGAAGCAUCAGAGAAACCUCUUGUUGUUGCCUAGAAAAUGAUCCAGAGUUUCUUUUGAAAAUUUUAAAUUGUUUUCCAAAUGAAAGAGAGAAAACGAAGCUUUUUAGUGCUACUAUGUAAUACAAGAGGACUGCAUUUUUCAAAUGAUGAAUUGUGUUGCUAAAAAAAACUUGUCUCUAAAUUUGCUGGAACUUUGAAAGCAUUGAAUAUCCUUUCUUAUUUAUAUAUAAUUUAAAGCAAUUAUAGUAUUUA